AGUUGUCGUUGCAGCAGUAGUUUUCUCUCUUGUCGAUUUAUCAUUAACCGAUUGUCGUUUGAGAAGGUUGUAUGAAUUAGGAUUUUAAAGAAAUAAAAAUGUACUUUUACGCGUUGUUAGGUUUUCUAGCUGUAUCCCAGAUCAGUGCUGAAGUGCAUUUCGAAGAAAACUUCAACGACAAAUCGUGGGAAGAUAACUGGGUAUACUCUGAACAUCCAGGCAAAGAGUUUGGGAAGUUUGUAUGGUCAUCUGGCAAGUUCUACAAUGACCCAGAAAAAGACAAAGGUAUUCAAACGUCCCAGGACGCGAGGUUUUACGCUCUUUCAAAAAAGUUCCCACCCUUUAGCAAUAAGGACAAACCCCUGGUGAUCCAGUUUACCGUGAAGCAUGAGCAGAACAUUGACUGCGGCGGUGGAUACGUCAAAGUGUUUGAUUGCUCGUUAGACCAGAAAGACAUGCACGGAGAAACUCCGUACGAAAUCAUGUUUGGACCUGACAUUUGCGGCCCUGGCUCCAAGAAAGUUCAUGUCAUCUUCAGCUACAAGGGCGAGAAUCUCCUGAUUAACAAAGACAUCAGGUGUAAAGACGAUGUCUACUCUCAUUUGUACACCCUCAUCGUUAAACCAGACAACACAUACGAGGUGCUCAUUGACAACGAGAAAGUCGAAUCGGGAGAUUUGGAGGCAGACUGGAACUUCCUGCCACCCAAGAAGAUCAAGGACCCCUCGGCCAAGAAGCCUGAUGACUGGGAAGACAAGGCCACCAUCGACGACCCUGAGGACAAGAAACCCGAGGACUGGGACAAGCCAGAGCAUAUUCCUGACCCAGACGCCACCAAGCCUGAGGACUGGGACGACGAGAUGGACGGAGAAUGGGAGGCACCGAUGAUUGACAACCCUGACUACAAGGGACCCUGGACACCCAAGCAGAUCGACAACCCCAACUACAAGGGUCCCUGGAUCCACCCCGAGAUUGACAACCCCGACUACAAACCUGACUCAGAGCUGUACCUGAGGAAGGAACUUUGCGCUAUCGGCUUCGACCUGUGGCAAGUCAAGUCCGGCACGAUAUUUAACAAUGUCCUCAUUACCGACGACCCGGACUAUGCUAAGAAGAUUGGUGACGAAAUCUGGAAGCCAAGACUUGAAGGAGAAGAGAAGAUGAAGAAGCAGCAGGACGAAGAGGAGAGAAAACAAGCUGAAGAAGAGAAGAAGUCAGUUACACCUGAAGAGGACGACGAUGACGAUGAAGAUGAGGACGAAGACGCAGCGGACAAACCAGAGACGGGAGAGGAAAACGAUGUUGAUCACGAUGAACUAUAAGACUUGAUGCCGUUGCACAGUGAUAACCUUCAAAGACUACAAGACAUUGUCUAUAAUGUGUGUUGUGUGAACAAGUGAACUGAGUAGACUGCCUUUUAUACUGAUUACUUAUAAGGAAAACUCACCUAAAAUAUUUGUUAGUUUACUACAGAGUUCAGAUUUUUGUAAUUAGUUGUUUUCGUUCCCUGACAGUAUCUAUUUGUAAAUAAAGCUAGGCUUACUUCAAAACGUUCGGUCUUGGACUUGUAUCGUACAAAAUUUUGUAUAUGUUGCAUUUACCACGUGUUUUGUUGAGAGUGAGAACUAUGUUAGAUAUUAUUUAUUGAAAUCUUUUAAAAAGAAACCAUUGAACGUGUCAUACUCCGAGUAUUCAGCUAGUGUGAUUCGACUUUGAAUGUUUCGCAUAAGGUUUAGUGGGUGAUAUGAACAAAUUAUCACAACAAAGUAUUGUAAAAUAUAUCCUUCGCAUACUUUUUGUUUGUGAAGUCUCCACUUUUUGUAAUGUAACAUAAGUAUUGUUUUAAAUGCGCAAUAGAUGUUUUAUUUGUUAUAAAAAUAUAACCUUAAAACAUU